AUGGCAACAACGAACAACUAUCGUACCGAGCCAUUCACAUUUAAUGGUAAGCAGUCGUGUCCAUGGCGUGUGAUAAGAAAUGGUUUAAACAUCGAAGGUCUUUGUAAAAAUUCCUCGUGUCAAGCUUAUGAUAAGAUGGUAAUUAUCAAUUUGGGCUUUGGUGAAUUUGAUUUUGCACGUAUUGUUCUUCAACGACCAAAUAAAUGUCCUAUAUGUAAUAGUAAAAUUGUACCAUUUAAAUACGCUUUAAACAAUUGUCGAUGGUGGUAUGUUAAUCAUUAUAGUACAAAUUCCUUCGCGUUAAAUACAGUCACUGAUGCAUACGAAUUAAAUAAUUUAGAAUGUGAAUAUAAAAUUUUGGAAACGAUGCCGCUACUGAGCAGGAACGAAAUAUAUACAAUAUCUCAAGAAACUGCUUGUCCCAUUUGUUUGAUAGACAUUAAAAAUGAUGAUGAAAGUAUUUUUCUUCCGUGUGCGCAUUCUUUUCAUCGUGCUUGCAUUUGUGAAUGGUUAACAUCUAAUCAAAUCAUGUCACAUACAUGUCCUCUGUGUAGAGAGCAUAUUGUUGAAAAUUAA